GUGUGUGUGUGUUAAAGGGAGGAGCACCACAGUGAUGCCCCACAGAGGAGCUGUGAAUCCUGUGCUGAAGUUCCAGACUCCAGCCACUGGGUCCUGAUGAAGCCUGAAGUCUCCACAGAGAAGAGCGUCUCCACCUACAGCCUGAGCUCUCCUGCAGGGAGCUAUGAGUGCUCAGAGUCUGGUCUGCGCUGGACGUGUGCUGGUCCAGUCACCCUCCAGUACCGCUUCAUGGACUGGCAUGCCUUUGCUGAAGAGCUGGCCCACAUGCAGUCCAGACCAGCUGGUCCUCUGAUGGACAUCAGGCUCAUGUCAGGUGAGCUGGAGGAGAUCCAUCUGCCACAUUUCCUCUGUUUGGGGGGUUGUGAGGCGUCUGUGCGUGAUGCUGUGAGGGACCUGCAUGGGCGGGACAGCGGAGUGUGUGUGGAGGAGUGUGAGCUGACCCGACACCAUGCCAGACUUCUCCACCCCUCCUUCUCUCUGCUUGGCGUGAUCUCCUAUUUGAGAUCUCGGCUGUUUCCCACAGUCCACUCACUCGUGCUGGUCUAUGAGGGCAGCUCCUCACCCCUGUCUUACCGCACCUACCUCCUGCCUGAGGAUGCCCAUCUGAAGCAGCUGGUGAAGAACGAUGAGGAGGAGUUGGGGGGUGUUUGGAAGGCAAAACCUCCACCUGUCAGGGCCCUUCAGAUGGACGGCUUCUACAGCCUGAGGACUGACAGUUCCUCUGAGAUCUACCCAGAGGAGCUGAUGCUGAGGUACAGCGCCACCACCCCCAACUUCUUUGAGGUUUAUGAGGCUGCUGCCUCCUUCCACAUGGAGUUGUUCAGCUCUGCGGACAGCAGGGGGCAGUGUCUGUGGAGAGCAGAGUUCCAGUCACGUGAUGACCAACAGGCCAGGCAGGAAAGGACCAGCAGGUCUCCCCCAGAAGCGUCUGCACCUUCAAGGCAUCCCAGUCCAGGGCAGGAUUUUUUCUCCAAUCACAAGGCAGCUCGUCUUCCUGUCCUCGCCUCCAUCCUGAUUCCGCUCCAGCAGAGGCGGGUUCUUAGUGACCUGGAGCGGGAGCAGGUGGAGAACAAACCCACCAGCGCGGAACGGAACCAUGUUCUGCUCACCAUGAUACAGAACAAAGGAGCCACAGCCCAAAUGGACUUCUACGAGGUUCUAAAGGAGGCCGACCCCGCUCUGGUGAACGACCUGGAAGGAACCACCUGAGUCUUACCGAGGACAGAAUCUCUUUUGUCUUUUUCUCAGAGCACACAGCCUUUAAAGGUUGUAUCAGCGAUUUCAGGCCCAAACAUAAAUGAUCACAUUCAUCUAAUCUUUCCAAACGAUCCGUUAGCUGCCUGCCCCAUAAGCAGGCCUUCAAAAAAACAUCAGUGGCGAGCAUGUUUGAAAGAUGUUUUAAACAUUCCAUUAUAGCGGUCAGCUCAUGUCCAGCUCCACUGAACGAUUGGGUUUAAACAUUCCAUUGUAACGGUGAGAGGUCGUGUCCAGCUCCACUGUAUGUUUGUGGGAAAACUCCCUCCUCAGACUGUUUGCAAGUGUUUACAAACAUUCGCCAAAAAGUCAAGACAAACAGAAACAAAAGACCAGAAACCUUUGCCCUGACGAAGGCACCUGCACCUACAGGCCGAAACAUGUUGGCAACAUAUGAUUUUAAGAGUUCUAUGAUAACUAGCAUAUUAGUUAAAGCUAUUUUAAUAUGAA